AUGCGGGAAGCUGGUGAGGGUGCCCCAGAGCAGCGGAGCCUGAAGAAGUUAGCUGUAUACAACAAGAUGCAGGAGUCUCUGGAAGUGACCCCUCCCAGCAAGCAAGAGGAGGAUGAGAAAGACCAGCCUGCUGAGAUGGAGUACCUUAACUCUCGCUGCGUCCUUUUCACUUACUUCCAGGGAGACAUUGGUUCAGUAGUGGAUGAACACUUCUCAAGAGCUUUGAGCCAAGCCAGUAGCUUCAAUCCAGAAACUGCCCUUACCAAGAGUAAGGCGGGGCUAAGUCCUCUGUGGAGAGAAAGCUCAACAAUUUCAAGCCAAAGGAGCAGUUUCCCAACUUCAUUUUGGACCAGCUCUUAUCAGCCUCCCCCUCCACCAUGCUUAAGUGGAGUACACCCCGAUUUUCCUGUUACUGCACCAGGCACCUUCCCAACACCAGAUCCCAGCAGCUGGCCAGGACAUGGCCUUCAUCAGACUGCCCCACCUCCUCCCCCUGCUGCAUCUGAAUCUUGGCAUUAUCCUUUAGCAUCUCAGGUGAGCCCUUCGUAUGCACACAUGCAUGACAUGUACAUGCAUCGCCAUCACCCUCAUCCACACAUGCACCAUCACCAUCCCAGCUCGCACCGCGACCCCCGGUAUGGGUCCCUGCUGAUGCCUUCAGUCCGUGCAGCCAGGAUUCCUGCUCCCCAGUGUGACGUGACAAAGACAGAUCCUGCUGCUGUCACCAGCGCUACCUCAGCUUGGGCUGGAGCCUUUCACGGAACCGUGGACAUUGUGCCAAGUUUUGGGUUUGACACAGGUCUGCAGCAUCAGGACAAGAGCAAGGAAACUUCUUGGUUCUGAAGUUCGGAUACGUUAAAACCAACUAGAGCUGGAGUCUGCGCAGCUGGGCAGGCGAUAUAACAGUUGUUGGCUCCUUCUACAUGGGGCAAAGGACACACAUGAAGAUGAAGAGCCAGCCAUUCUGGAUUUGCUAUUGAGCCUUUUGUUUGUAAGGCUGUUUAUGGGUCCCACAGUGUUGGAAAAAAACCAAAACCCUAACUUUUCUUUCUUUCCUCAUCUGAGCCUGCUGCAGCUGGGCAACCUAACUCCUUUCUGCUUCUUUAACAGUGUUUUGUUUUGUUCAGCUUGAUAUUUUUAUGAACAGUCUCAAGUGUCAGGAAAAAGACUCUCCCUUGACUACAGUGCGCCUCCUUUCAGGAAUACAGUAUUUUGUAGCUCUUUGUGCAUCUAUUUUUGUAGAAAUACAGAAAGUUUGGGUAAGGAUUGAUGGGCUAUUUUAGGAUGACAUAUUUUUUUAAAAAAAAAUUGUAAAAUUGUUAAGUUCUGUUUAAAGAACUUGCUCUCAGAGAAGCACUGGCAAAAAAAAUGUAUAAAAUGCUAUUUUUAGAUGUCU